GAAUUUGAGCGCACUCUGGCACUCCAGAUUGAAUUUACGAACACCCCUAGCAACAGUAACUAGAUGCAAAUUGGUUUACUUUGAACACUUAUAAGCUUUGUUGAUGACAAGUUGGCGAAUGCUUGCUAGCUAUCAAAGUGUAGGCUAUGCGAAGUUGGCUUGUGAAUUAUUGCUCAAAUCUAAAUAAAUAAAAAAAAUACUUAUUUUUACAGCCCUUCUAAAAAGGAACAAAGGGGUUCUCGCCAUGGUUGCUACAAGCAAACUGAAGAGUAAAAACCUGGAAUGCGUAUCAGAAUUGAUUGGCCGUAGAUACGACCAGGCUUGUAUUGAAAAUGAGCUGGAUUUCUGGGACCACUGUUUGGCUGAGCCCCACCUGAACGUGGAGUUGUCUGAGGACAGGACGUGCCAGCAGUUGGCCAAGAUGUUUGAGAACUGCUUGUCACAGGCCAAGAAGACCACGAUGCGUUGCUCUAAGGUGCUGGUCCCUGAGAAGCUGACUCUGAGGAUAGCGCGCGACGUACUGCGCCUGUCGUCGGGCGAGCCGUGCGGCCUACGAGGCUGUGUACUCUACGUGCACCUGGAGCAGGAACAGUGCUGUAAGCAGCUGGAGCGCAUCGUGUACAACGCAGACGUGGUGCCCACCUUUGAGCUGACGCUGGUGUUCAAGCAGGACUGUAGCGCCUGGCCCAGUCUCAGGGACUUCCUGCACAUUGGUGCCUGUUUCACUCCAGGCUUCAGGCAUGCGCUCAAACUCAGCCCUGGCUUCCGGCUCAUCAAGAAGAAGCUCUACUCCUCCUUGGCUGGUACCGUGGUAGAGGAGUACUGAGAAGGGGGAAUUGAGGAAGGUGGGUCACCAUGGUUCAGUCGGCUGUCCUUGGGGUGGCAUGUACAGUGCUUUUCUACACUUGAGUAUCUGAAUGUUAAGAUCACUCCCGGGGGGGUCUUAUUUUCUACAUGUUUUUGUAUGAAUAGUUUGUCAUGUGAAUGAGUAGUGUUGUACAAAGGUUGUUGUCCAGCUUGUCUGUUCCAAUGUCCAGGAUUGUACAACUGAUUAUUAAAAAUGGAUGGACAAGGCUUGGUUACUGUAAUAGAUUGUCUAAUGCCUAAACAAGAUUAGUGUAAUUUGACUUCACAAUAUUUGAACAUACUUUGCCAAUCUGUUUUUCCAGAUUUGUCCACUGCUGUGCAGCGAAGUAAACCCACCUAGAGGCUAUAGGAACAGGACUUGGAAAAGUUCAGGGGGGCCAUAAUGUGGGUGUUCAAUGCUGAAUUGAGGGUAUGUGAAUGGUAUGGGUUUGUUAGUGAGCCAUUGAAUGUUUGUCCUUGUGAACAUGCUGCUCAAUGAUGGGCUCCAACCUUGACGGAUGCCUUAAACUGCCAUUUAGAUAAUGUUGAAGAAAAAUCGAAAUGUUCGUUUUUUUUUCUUGCACUUGUUAGAUCCUAGCUCCAUGGGGUUCUUCAGGGCUUUUUCUUUUUGUACCUUUCUCAAUUGAUGGCUGUUUAAGCAACUGAGGAUUUUUUUGUUUUGUUGAGAUUCCUGUUAAAGGGCAAUCUUGUCUUUUUGACAAUAAAACUUUUUAAACCUA